CCUAUGUGUUGACUAAUAAUGGGAACUCAGGAAGUUGGACAGAAAGAUGCUUGCUACAUGACUCGUUUCAGGAGCUGGAGAUGCCUGAUAUAAUAGAUAAAGUGUGUCCUCUACUACAGAAUGAUGUUCAUCCCCAUUUAAUGCCCAGGUAAACUAGAUGAGUAAGACAUGAUUUCUGACAAUGUCUUAUUUUUUUGAACAGGCAGAGACCUUCCAUGUAGAUUUGUUGCAGCACAUGGAGAAAAACACCAAGCUGGAUGUACAGUUCAUUAAUGAUAGUCGCCAACGAUAUGAGAAGGAAUACCGGCGCAGAAUAGCCAGCAUAGAUAAAUGCAUGAUGGAUCUGCGGAGAAUGGAGAAGAGUCGAGAGAAGAAUGCCUGGGAGAUGAAGGAUAACAUGAUGCGCUUGAAUACCGAGAUGCAAGUUUUCAUCACUGAGAGCCAACAGGCUGCUGAACUGGAGGAGAAGCGCCGGUAUCGCUUCUUGGCUGAGAAGCAGCAGUUAUUCUCCAAUACCCUUCUCCAGUUCUACACCAAAGCUCGGACCCUCAUCCUGAACAAGGCACCACUGUGGAAAGAGGAAUUGGAGGCCUCCCACAAUCCUGUGCAGAAUGUGCUCAACACCCCACCCAGCCAGAGACACUCAUCUGGCCGCCUUACUCCUACUCACUUUGACAAAUUUCAGAGGCCUCCAAGUGAUUUUGGUUCACUUAUGGCAGGACAGAGCUCCAGCCUCUUCUCCCAGGAGACUCUACGGAUGUUGCCAACCUCUCAGCCAGAAACAAAAAGGAAACCAAUGCCAAGAACUCCUUCCGUUGGCUCAGCCUCCCCUGGCCUUUCUCGCUCCAGCUCCUUUGGAGAGCAAGCAGCACGAAGGACAGAUGCUGCUGGUAAAGAGGGAAACAGCAGCAGUCUGCAGAGGGUGCAAGCAAUUGUGUCUCAUGUCGCGGGUUCAAACCAGACGCUUUUGCAAUUCAGUGCUGGAGACGUGGUCACUGUGCUGAUACCAGAAGCUCAGAACGGUUGGCUGUACGGCAAGGUGGAAGGUACAUCAAUGAGUGGCUGGUUUCCUGAAGCUUUUGUAAAGUCUUUUCAGGAGUCAACCUCCAGAGGUUUCCCCCUGAGGAGCAGUCAUAGUGUGGACAAUCUUCUAGAUCAGUCUACUUCUCCAGUGCCAGAUAAUUAUUGGCAGAAAUCCAGCAGGCCUCACUCUCCAGUCCCUUCUCCAGCUUUGGUGCGAGCAGGCAGCCUUCAAAACAGCAAAGUUAAUGCUACAAGUCCCAGCAUGGACUCCAAGAAGCCAGCAAGGUGGGAUCAUCCUCCAGAACUUUUCCCCAGAGGUACCAACCCAUUUGCCACUGUCAAGCUGCGCCCAACAGUGACCAAUGAUCGAUCAGCACCUGUCAUCCGAUGAAAAUAAUCUACAAAUUUGCGUGGGUGGGUGGUGGCUCCAGGAACUGAAGAGGACACUCUUUCUUAUUUCUCGGUAUUAUUUCUCCCAAAGUGGGCUCAGCUGAGCAGAGAACAGCUGUUGCCUCUUAUUUCCUCCACUUGCUAUGUCACAAUGAACAUAGGUCCCCAGGUUAUUUUAUCAAGUCACAAUGGCAGGCAUGGACAAUCCAAGACCUGUUGCUCAUCUUUUCUCCCUUCUCCUUCUCCUUCUCCUUGUCUCCAAAAAUCACACAACUCAAAUACAAUAACAAAUUGCCAAGCAACAAAGGAAUUCUUUUCUGCCAUUGGAGGGAGCAUGUGGGAGUGACAUUGGAAAUGAUGUGUCAUCUAUCUUGUCAGACUUGGAUCUGCCCCAAUAUAGAUCACAGCCAUCUCCCCAAAUAAAAAUAAGAAGCUGUAGUUCCAGGUGCAGAAAGGUUGAUAUCUCUGUCUACAACCUGAUGUUUUAUAUCUCUGCAUUAAGUAAACUUUUUUCUCAUUUCUAAUGCAUAGCCUGCCAUUCAGUUUGCCCAGGUUCUGCUCUGUUGUCUAGGAAUAUCUGUGAGCAAUUAAAUAUUUCCCAACCCCACCACACAUUCCUUGUCUGUGGAGUCCCUGGUGCUCUCUGAGCUUGGUUGUUUGCUUGCAGACAUUUCAUUACCUGACUAGGUAACAUCAUCUG